CUUAGAUGUUAAACCUUCAAUGAGCAGUCUAGCUGUGAAAACUUCUACAACAAUAUGUAUCUACAAUGUGCCAUCUGUCGAGAAGCCUACUUCCUUAGUGCAUCCGCAAGGAGCCGUCACCAGCAAAUGUGUUUGGCGUUGAACGACUACUUCACAUCAGCAGUAGCGAGCAACAAUGACAACAGACGAGAGACACACGAGGCAGCAAUUCAGACACCUCCACAGCAAAUUAAAGCAGUACCCAGUGGCAGUGGCUUGAAAAGAAAACUACCACCUCCAAAGGUGACUAAGCGUCCUGUGACUAGUGUAUUGUCAAGUCCAUCAUCACAUACAAGUUCAACAACAAGGCUGACGUGGUAUUUAAAAAAAGGUCUUCAAUCAGCCAAAGACUAUGUUAUAGAAAAUAAUGAAAACCUCUACAAGGACCUACCGCCAUUUAUUGAAGCUGCUAACGAAGUGGUGCUCGAUAUACUACAAGAUGAGCUGCGUGUCACCAAAUCCCUCAAGUACAACGUCGUACUGGAGGCCGUCUACUGCCAUCCUGAAGGACAUUGCGAACUUAUGAACUUCAAGACCACGUCGAGGCUUAUACACAGCGCCUGUGAUGAGCUACAAGAGCUGCUGAAGAAGGACGCCAGCAAACUGCUUCGUGAGGAGUCUGAAGCGCAGGCGAAAGGCAGUGGAUGGACUUUGCAUGAGGUAAAGAGCCUCACACUUAGACUAAGCAAAUUUUCAUAUGCAUUGCCUGCUGGAAGUGGCUAUCUGCCACUGCCCCCAAAAAUUGCUAAAAGGAAAUGCAUUUUAAAUGUAAAAAACAGCAAUGAUUGUUGUUUCAUGUAUUGUAUAUUAGCCAAAAGUCUACCUAAUAUACGUUAUGACUCAGUGCUUACUGAGCAUAGCUUUAGGGAGUGUGAAACACAUUACAACUUUGAUGGUAUUUCAUUUCCAACGCCCAUUUCACAAAUGAAAAAAUUUGAAAAACAAAACAUCAACACUAGCGUAAACAUCUUCGAACUGGACGAAAAUGCCCAUAUUACACCACUCAGGAUAGUUGAUGAGCAGCAAGACCAUUUUGAUCUCCUUCUCGUUAGAAAUGAUGAAGGAGAGGCUCAUUUUACGUUAAUAUUGAAUUUCACAAAGCUUAUGCAGCCACAAAUUACAAAAGGCAGCAACAAAAUUACAAUCUGUAAAAGGUGUAGCACCUUUAAAGAAAACAGGCGCUGUGUUUCGACACCUCAGCACUGGUUGAGUGAACAUUUAAUGCUCUGUGGAAAAUCAAAACCAAGUGAAGUGAUUUUGCCGGAGCAGCAUAAAAGCAAACUUAGAUUUGUUAGCUACGAGAUGCAAAUUGAAGUACCAAUUGUAGUCACAGCUGACUUCGAAUCAACACUAUAUCCAGUUCCCUCGACAGACAAUGCCUAUCAACGGCACGAGGCGAACUCGUUUGCUUAUAUCGUAGCAAGUAACCUUCCCAAAGAGCUGUUAGAGGAAGCUGAGAUAAACACCUCACCCUACAUACACAGAUCGGAAUCGGCUGCAAAAGAAUUCCUUUUACAAAUGCAGGAGCUAGCUGUAAAAGUGGAAAAGCUGUACACUAAAAAUGUGAGCAUGAUUGCAUUAAAUGAUGAACAACAGAAACAGCAUGAUGAAGCGACAAACUGCGAGCUGUGUGAAAUAGCAUUUGAUGAGACAUUGGUUCAGUCAAGGAAAUGCCGGGACCACGACCAUAUAACAGGUCAGUUUCGUUAUACCUUGUGCUCGUUGUGUAACACCCGCUGUCAACUUCCAAACUUCAUAGCAAUAUACUUUCACAACCUUUCUUCAUACGACGAAGCAUUCAUUAUUAAGAACUUGGCAGUAUUACCCAACAGCGAAAUAAAAGUGAUCCCUAGUAAUUCAGAAAGAUUCAUCAGUAUAUCGAUAAAGAUUGGGAGGAUGUGGCUUAGGUUUUUGGAUUCAUUUCGCCUAAUGGCGGACAGCCUUGCGAAUCUCGCUUCGUAUCUCACACCGACGGAACUCGUAGAGUCGUCCAAACUUGUGCCAGAACAGCAUGUGGAGUUGAUUCAAAGAAAAGGGAUUUAUCCCUAUGAUUAUGUAAAAGACUUUGCUGUAUUCAGUGAGGAAGCACUGCCACCACGUGAAAGCUUUUACAAUGCCCUCAAUGACUCGGAAGUUACGGAUGCAGAAUAUCAACAUGCCCAACACACUUGGAAUACAAUGAAAAUGAAAAAUUUUGGACAAUACCAUGAUUUUUAUCUGUUAUUGGAUGUUUGUCUUUUAAUGGACAUAAUUCAAUGCUUUCGCAAAAACUGUGUAGCCACAUAUAACAUUGACUGUUGUCAUUCAUUUACAGCGCCAGGUCUAGCAUGGCAGAGUAUGCUACGUAUGACUGGUGUAACUUUGGAAUUGUUGACGAACUAUGACCAUUUCUUAAUGUUUGAAAGUGCGAUUAGAGGCGGUUUGGUACAAUGCUGCCACCGCUAUGAAAAAGCCAACAACCCACUUUUAGAGAACAGCGAAGACUAUGAUCCAAACAAAGAAACCAAAUAUAUGUUGUAUUUGGACUGCAUAAACUUGUAUGGAAGCCAAAUGAAAAAACACCUUCCAACUGGAAAUUUUGAGUUUGUAAAUGAUGUUGAUGAUCUUAAUUGGUCAAACUUACCUGAAGAUUCGCCGUAUGGACUUUUACUAGAAUGUGAUGUCACAGUGCCAGAGCACUUGCACGAUCUAAUGAACGACUUCCCCAUUCUACCAGAACAAAAAGAUGUGGAUAAUCAGGGAAAACUACUUGCUACGCUUGAAGAUAAAAAACACUAUAUCGCUCACUAUACAGUGUUCCAGCAGGCAGUCAAAUUAGGCUUGAAAAUUACAAAAGUUCACAGAGCGUUGCGAUUCUCCCAGUCGCCGUGGAUGGAAAAGUUCAUCGACAAAAACACCACAUUAAGAGCUGAAUCUACGAAUGAGUUUUCCAAAAAUUUCUACAAGUUUAUGAAUAAUAGUGUGUUUGGAAAGACGUUAGAAAACGUGCGCAAUCGUGUAGAUAUUAGAAUAGUAACUUCUGAUGAAGCGUUCCAGAAGCUGUCACGUCAAGCAAGAUUUGUUGACAGAAGCAUUAUCGCUGAUGGUGUGAUCGCGGUACAUUUAAGAAGACAAAAGGUAGUAUUAAACAAGCCAGUCUAUGUUGGUUCAGUAGUUCUCGACAAAGCAAAAGUUCAUAUGAACUGGUUUCAUUAUAUGGUUAUGAAGAAAAAACUAGCUCCGCCAGACUUUGAAGUGUAUGUUAACUAUUCUGAUACUGAUUCUCUAUUAUAUACCAUAAUUACCAAGUUAAACCUAAAUAAUGAAUUGAAGGAAAGAUUGGGAGAUGUACUGGAUAGGUCAUGCUAUCCAAAGGAGCAUGAGCUGUGGCUGGAAGGAGCGAUUCCUCAAAUAGGCACAUUUAAGGAUGAAUGCAAAGGAAGACAGCUAUUUGAGUACGUAGGAUUGCGUUGUAAAAUGUACUGCUACAGGUUCAACUCCAGCCAACAGACAACGGCAAAGAAAAAGUGUAAGGGAAUAAGCAAACGCUAUGUCGAAAACAAAAUUUCAUUUGAUCACUACAAGAAGGCACUGUUUGAAGAUAAACAGUACAGAGCGACAUUUAACCAGAUAAGAAGCAAGACAUUUCAACUCACCUCUAGAACAGUUGAUAAACUCUCUCUGUCAGCCAAUGAUAACAAACGCAUAGUGUUGCAGGACAAAAUUAGAACUUUGGCGUAUGGGCAUUAUCGAGCUCGUCAAAAUGACGAUGGAGGAUCGUCAGAAUAUGAUUGUAGUCAGUCUUAG